AGAUUUUUACGUAAUGACACGCAGUUCUGACAUUGGAAUUCUUCUAUUGACAUUGUUUGGUAACGCUUUUGCCGCAGCAGUACAUCCGGGAACUUCUAGUCAUGUGACAAACACAGAAACUACAUCACCUCCUCGGCCAACUCCGGAACGUUAUGAAUUUGUUAAUAACUUAUACAUGUAUGACAGAAAUUCACAUUUCCUGUGUGAUUCGCAUUAUUCCAGAAUUAUGCAUUACUGUAUGUGUUACCAUGUUCCUUAUGAACACCGAGCUGAUAUCCACGAACCGUCUACUCUUCUGGCAACCGAGAAACGGAUGUAUGAGUUAUUUCUAGCGGGGAAUUACGUAAAGAAAAAUAUGACAGAACUGAAGUUUUAUAGUAUGCGGUGCUACGGUAUGUGUACCCGCACCAAUUACAACCCAGGGGAUAACACGACCCUUUAUAUGGUCUACGAUGAUCCUCUAAUGUCCACACAAUAUUUAUCUUAA